AUGCACCGUUUUUAUGAUUGGGCAUUUCGUUGGCCUGUUGCUUGUUUGCGAGGCGGACUCUACAGUCAACUUAAAGGGCACUGGAAAAACAGGCCUGAGGACUUCUGGAAGCGUCAUUGCCAACUCGCUUUGCGCAGCAGGCCGGUGCAAGGCCGGGCUCCAGAUCGAUGUUGGGGAGUUGCAGGCAACACACCUCGGCAUCUCUCAAGCCUCUCAGAAGGUGCAGCAGGGGCAGCCCACAGAUUGUCUGGUCCCCAGGAAGGCGCUCCUCUGCCUAAUGGAGGGCCUAUUUGGACCACCGAAGGCCGAAGCCAUCUGGCCCUACGCCUCCGUAGAGUGCCGAAAGAAGAUUGGGUCCUCGUGUUCAUCUCGUUGGGCUGGAGCUGCGCAUUCGCGGGUGCAGUUGCGUUCAAAGCGUGGCGCUCCGCCACGCGCGAAUCGCGUCAUCCUUACUUGCAAGAAGCGAAGUCGAUGCUUCAGUCCGAUGCGGCAGUUGUGGAGCUCCUGGGGACGCCUUUGGACGUGAAGGCGGUCGAAGAACACAGUGAGACCUUUGCUCCUUGGAAAAGGCUCGUCCUGCAGUUACGGGGGCCCAGAGAUUGCACGCACGCCUUUGUCUGCGCCCGCCGCGUCGGCUACAGCGAGGACGACCUCAUUGAAAAAUUUGCCGCGGAAGAGGAGGGGGCGUUGUGGAGCAGGCCAUACGUUUUAAAACAGUGGCUGCUGCAGGCAGUGGGCGAUGCUUGGGAGUUAUUUCAAUUGCUCCUCUCGUCUAGAGGCACAGAAGGAAGGGGGAGGCCGGAAGGCGUCGGGCAGUGGGAAGUGACCUCCUUGUUCCUGCUGGCGCCUCAAGAUACAGGCAAGGAUGAUGCAGACACGCAAAUACGGCCCACCCGAGUUAUUGCGUGCAAGGGCAGUCCUGAGGACAACCCCGACUGGUCUACUGUGCAGCACCAUCGCCACCUGCAGCAGCUCACUGCCCGCCAGCUGCAAGACGCAGCAAAGAAGAGAGGUCCCAUUCCAGAAAAUGUCUCAAGCAGGGACAAACGAGCCGGGGCGCCGCAGGUGCGCCUGCGGUACUUCACGGGGCAGCUGUCUCGCGAGGCUAUAGACGGCGUGGCGCAUCUUGAGAUUCACACUCAAGAAAACGCAGGGCAUGACCCUGACUUCGCCGACAUGUUGCAAUGCGAGCUGGAGCACUUUGUCCUUGAUUCGGGAACCUCGUGA